AUGCUGCCACCGCCAUUCACGCUCCAGUUGACCCUCCAACUCACCCCACGUUUUACCUCCAUGGCCGUCUCAGCUCCAGGCCCCUCACCCACAUCUGAGGUCACGAGUCUGGAUUCGGCACCUCAGUUCACGGUGGCAGCCAUGCAAUCUUCCGCCAUGGUUACGGUCGAAGGGGGUGUGCGACCAACAGCCACAUCGACACCAUCUACCACCACCACCACCAUCACCACCACAUCAUCCACUACCCCAGCAGCGCCAUCUCCUCCCACCACCGCAGCACCAUCCACCGCCACGGCACCCCCCUGCUCCCCACACCUCCGUCGCGUCCGAGCGAGCAUCCGAGCCUUCUCAGCCCCCAGGGCAAACGAGGAAUCCGGUUGGGCGUACCCGUUCGCCAUCCGCAUAUGCGCAUUGCUCGUGCUAUCGCUCCUUCGGUAUCGGCAGAACAGGCAGCGAUCUCGUUCGAGGCACGCAGGCGGCGAGAAUGCUGGUAGCUGGGACACCACUGCUGUAGGAGGCGAGGGUUGGAGGCCACCGAUACCCCCACCCCACGGCCUCGGGGGUCCCGUCUCGGCGGGUCCUCGAUGGAUGCGGUUGAGAGCUAUGGGAUGGGGAUACGGGUAUAGUCGGGCGAGGGGGAGGGGUCUUUGA